AGAAAACGGAUUUUACCCCAGAGUCUCGAAUAGAACUGCAUCAGCAUAUUGAGGAAAAGCGCAAGCAGAGGGAAAAGAUAGAUGAUGAGUAGGAGAAUUGGAAAAAAUAAGCCAGCCAAAGAAACAAGGUUCUUUGCCAGUGAUGGUCAUGUGUUGAAUAUAAACCAAGGAAAAUGGGAUUUCAAGUUUGAUGAGGAUGAAGACAACAAUAGAUUUGUUUUGGAUUUACCUUGUUUCAAGCACCUGGAUACAUCUCUUAUUGAUGUAGAUGUACAGCCUACAUAUGUGAGAGUGACGGUAAAAGGCAAGGUUUUUCAACUGGCUCUUUCUGACGAAGUUAACCCGGACUCAAGCUCAGCCAAGAGAUCUCAAACAACUGGCCACUUGAUCAUUUCGAUGCCAAAGGUGCGACAAGUUGUAAAGCCCCUGAACAAGACUUUACCGACCAAAAAUGACACAAGUCCCAGUAGACAAAAGCAAGAUGCUCAGCUAUCAUCAGAGCUAAGUAAACAUAGCAGGUAUCAUAACAGUGUGGGGCCAAAAUAAUUAUAGGAGUGUGAAAUUUAGCACUGAUAAGAGGGUAAAGAU